UGGCGGCCCUCGCUCUUUGCAGUCAGAGCCUGGACAGAGAGCUCCGGCACAACUCUGGGAAGGAACAUGACGGAACGCCAAGUCCCCUUCACUUUCCUCCGCAGCCCGAGCUGGGAACCUUUCCGGGACUGGUAUCAGGGCAGCCGCCUCUUGGACCAGUCCUUCGGAAUGCCGCUGAUCCCGGAAGACUGGUACAAGUGGCCCAUGGGGAGCACCAGCUGGCCAGGCUACAUCCGCCCCCUGGCCAGCCAAAGCCAUGAGCCGGUGGCCGCCAGCCCCGUCGUCACCUCGCCGACCGCCGACCCGGCCUACAGCAGGGCCCUGAGCCGUCAGCUCAGCAGUGGGAUCUCCGAGAUCCGGCAGACGUCAGAGAGCUGGAAAGUGGCCUUGGACGUCAACCAUUUUGCACCCGAGGAGCUGGUGGUGAAAACCAAGGAUGGGGUGGUGGAGAUCACGGGCAAACACGAAGAAAGGCAGGACGAUCAUGGCUUCAUUUCCAGAUGUUUUACAAGGAAAUACACGGUGCCUUCCGGUAUCGACCCUGCUGCUGUCCGGUCGUCCCUUUCGCCAGAUGGCAUGCUGACAGUGGAAGCUCCUUUGCCCAAGCCUGCCAUUCAGUCUGCCGAAAUCAAGAUCCCCAUCACCUAUGAGGCUCAUGCCCAAAUCCCCCCGUCAGGGGCCAAGAAGCCUGAAGAGGCAACCAAGAAAUAGUCACCGGGUGGAAAUGUACAACUCGGGUAUCAGAAAGGGUCAAACUCUCAUAUAUUCCUUUUUGUGAAGAGACCCCCUGCAACCACUCCGCAAAUAAAGCGUGUUGGGUUUUUUUAAA